GCAAACCGUGUUCUAGGACAAACCAUUUCAAGACCGCGCCGAAUGUGAAACUUACUAUUAGACGGAUGCUGAAGAGUCCGAGAAAGAAGUGUGUGACGCCAUCACGUCCGCCGCGGAGGAAUGGAUCGAGGCAAACCAGUGUAAAGAGGGAGCCACCGGAGAUCAACUUGAGUGCAAUGAGACCCCCCAGCCCAACAGAAGACCCGCUUCUGCUGAGUGCAAGACAUUUCGGGUCAACAACCAGUUCUAGAUCGACCCCUGUUUUCUUAAGCUCGUCACCGCAUAGACAUGCCGACGUUCGGGACACCCAAUCACCCGAGUGGACGGACACCGAAUCGGAAGGCGAGGGAGAGUACACAGGGCGUUUCAAGAUGUUUCAAGUACCUACGAAGGCGGACCCACCGACUAGUGGGACAAAGGCCCGCAUGAAGGAGUGGGGUCGGCCAGUCAGCCCAUUUCCGUACGAGGCACGACUAGACAGGAGCUUGCCUGAUCCAGAGGAUAUGGAAAUUGCAGAUAGUGAGGAUGAAGGCAUGGAAGGAAAUAUCUUGGAUGCAUUGGAUAUUGAGAGUGUGUUCGAGGAUAUCGUGGAGGUGCCACCUGGUUCCGACGAUCUAUCCAGCGAUCUGUCAACCAGUGAUCUUCAUACCAGGGUAGAAGAGAGUGAAGAUUCAGAUGUGGACGUCGAAAGCGACGUAGUACGCAUUACAGGGAGCGAUCCAAAUGCUGCAGCGAGAGCCGCUGCGAUCUUGAAAUUACAUGACUACGACUGCGUAUUGGCGUCUUCCAGGCCCGCUGCUGCACGUAAGUCGCGCACAACGUUCCCUAGCGCAGGCGUCGGGAAACGCCGCAGCUCGAUACCAUCUCGGCCUUCCAGUGCAACAUGCGGCCAACCUCGUUAUAAGCCUAAGGCGGGCGAGUGGAGGCGUGAAGACUGGAAACUUUUGGAUAAAUGUUUUUUUGAGGAGUGCCAUGUCAACGGAGUUAUCACCUCGCCCAAGGAUGUGAACAGAGAGGCGGUGGUGAUGCGAUUUCAAUGUCUUGCUGGAGGUCACGAUGUUGUGACGGGGCUGGGUCCCCCAUGGAGUUGGGAGAACUUGCUAGCAAGAGUAGAUGUGCUUAUAAAAAAGCGGGCUGCGCGAGCCGAUCUCUCAACAUUAUCUUUUGCCAGUUUCAUGUCCCCGGAUGUGUCCAGGCUGGCAAAUUUCACAUCUACACCGGUCUCGCACAUACCACGGUACCGUGACCUCUUCGACCAAGCCGGUGCUAUUGACCCGACGAAUAUUACCAUAUCUACAUCAUCUUACUCAGUUAGGCCUCAACCGACUAUUGUACCACCAAAUCAUCUAGCAGAAAAGACGGGAUUCUUUUCCAGGCUUCCGACAUGGGCAUCAUUUCUUCCUCGCCGUGAAUAUGUUAAACCUGAUGACCACCCCGACUGUCCUCCCUUACCUCCUCCGCCAACAGAUCUCAUAGACCGUCGCAAGCCCAUUACGACACCAGCGCGGAAACUUUCGGAGCGGCAGAAACCGCACAAGGAUUUUGUAAAUCUUCACCAUACCACACCUCCACAGAAGCAUGUACAGCUGCGCAGGAACAAGCCUAAACGCCUCGUGGAGCUCCGUCACAUAUCGCCAGAGCCCGUCUUCACAAGUGAUUCCCGGGCAAGACGGAGUAGCGGUGGUAGCGUCAAGGAUUUGAUCCAAUGUUUUGAAGAGGCUUCCUUGGCAACCAUAAUUAUGCAUCGAGAGUUAUCUAUAUCAUUGUAUUCUCAAUCAUUAUUCUAGCAACACGUACAUCAAUAAGACUUGGUUUCAGGUUUCUGAAAUCGGGUUGGUUGAAAUCAACCAAAUGGAAAAGGCGUUUUUGAUGGGCGUGGA